CGCACAUUCGCGGAACUUCCGCGGCGGAAGUAGUGUACGCACGUGAAGAAGCCGACAUGGGUAGCACGGAGGUAACGUCUGUCACGAAAAAAUCGAACGACAGUAAUGAAAUUAGUGAUGUGUACGGGCCAAAUUUAAAGAUCCUUCCGUGUAACAAUCAAGUGAAAGAGCUGCAGACUAUAUUGCGAGACAAAAACACCACCAGGAGUGACUUCAAAUUCUAUGCUGACCGACUGAUAAGGCUGGUUAUAGAAGAAAGCUUAAAUCAACUACCAUUUUCCAAAUGCGUGGUGACUACUCCAACAGGAGCCAAGUACAAGGGCUUGAAGUAUCAGAAAGGAAAUUGUGGAGUAUCCAUAGUAAGAAGUGGAGAAGCUAUGGAACAGGGUUUAAGGGAUUGUUGUCGCAGCAUAAGAAUUGGAAAAAUAUUAGUCGAGAGUGAUGUAGACACGCAUGAAGCUAGAGUAGUAUACGCAAAGUUUCCAGAUGAUAUAUCUGGGAGAAAAGUGUUGUUAAUGUAUCCUAUAAUGAGCACUGGGAAUACAGUGAUAAAAGCGAUAGCUGUUCUAAAGGAACAUAAUGUACUUGAAGAAAAUAUUAUCUUGUCAAAUUUGUUUUGUACACCAAUUGCAGCCAGAUGUCUAGUCACUGCAUUUCCUCAGAUGAAGAUUUUGACGUCGGAGAUUCAUAGUGUAGCCCCAAAUCAUUUUGGACAGAAAUACUUUGGUGCAAAAUGAUGUCUUAAGACAAAUUUUUUGUUGUGUAAAUUGUACAAC